GACUGUAGUAAGACAGGUGCCUUUAGUUCACUCUCAGUAAGCUGGUUGCCUGCAUGAGUGUGCGCUCUGUGUCACUGUGGAUUGGAGUUGAAAAAGCUUGACUGGCGUCAUUCAAGAGCUGGAUGGCGUGGGACAUGUGCAGCCAGGACUCUGUAUGGAGUGAGAUCGAGUGUGCUGCUCUGGUUGGUGAAGACCAGCCUCUUUGCCCAGAUCUUCCUGAACUUGAUCUUUCUGAACUAGAUGUGAACGACUUGGAUACAGACAGCUUUCUGGGUGGACUCAAGUGGUGCAGUGACCAAUCUGAAAUAAUAUCCAACCAGUACAACAAUGAGCCUUCAAACAUAUUUGAGAAGAUAGAUGAAGAAAAUGAGGCAAACUUGCUAGCAGUCCUCACAGAGACACUCGACAGUCUCCCUGUGGAUGAAGACGGAUUGCCCUCAUUUGAUGCGCUGACAGAUGGAGACGUGACCACUGACAACGAGGCCAGUCCUUCCUCCAUGCCUGACGGCACCCCUCCGCCUCAGGAGGCAGAAGAGCCAUCUCUACUUAAGAAGCUCUUACUGGCACCGGCAAAUACUCAGCUGAGUUAUAAUGAAUGCAGUGGUCUCAGUACCCAGAACCAUGCAAACCACAAUCACAGGAUCAGAACAAACUCUGCAGUUGUUAAGACUGAGAAUUCAUGGAGCAAUAAAGCGAAGAGCAUUUGUCAACAGCAAAAGCCACAAAGACGUCCCUGCUCAGAGCUUCUCAAGUAUCUGACCACAAAUGAUGACCCUCCUCACACCAAACCCACAGAGAACAGGAACAGCAGCAGAGACAAAUGCACUUCCAAAAAGAAGUCCCACACACAGUCGCAGUCCCAACAUGUACAAGCCAAACCAACAACUUUAUCUCUUCCUCUGACCCCAGAGUCACCAAAUGAUCCCAAGGGUUCCCCAUUUGAGAACAAGACUAUUGAACGAACCUUAAGUGUGGAGCUCUCUGGAACUGCAGGCCUAACUCCACCUACAACUCCUCCUCAUAAAGCCAACCAAGAUAACCCUUUCAGGGCUUCUCCAAAGCUGAAGUCCUCUUGCAAGACUGUGGUGCCACCACCAUCAAAGAAGCCCAGGCACAGCGAGUCUUCUGUAACCCAAGUCAGUAACUACACCAGGAAGGGGCCCGAGCAAUCCGAGUUGUAUGCACAACUUAGCAAGUCCUCAGCGCUCGGAAGUGGACAAGAGGAGAGGAAGACUAAGCGGUCCAGCCUACGGCUGUUUGGUGACCAUGACUACUGUCAGUCCAUUAAUUCCAAAACAGCAGUAAUUAUUAAUAUAUCACAAGAGCUCCAGGACUCUAGACAACUAGACUAUAAAAAUGCCUCCUCUGACUGGCAGGGGCAGAUUUGUUCUUCCACAGACUCAGACCAGUGCUACCUGAGAGAGACUUUGGAGGCCAGCAAGCAGCUCUCUCCUUGCAGCACCAGAAAACAGCUCCAGGACCAGGAAAUCCGAGCCGAGCUGAACAAGCACUUCGGCCAUCCCAGUCAAGCUGUUUUUGACGACGAAGCAGACAAGACCAGUGAACUGAGGGACAGUGAUUUCAGUAAUGAACAAUUCUCCAAACUACCUAUGUUUAUAAAUUCAGGACUAGCCAUGGAUGGCCUGUUUGAUGACAGCGAAGAUGAAAGUGAUAAACUGAGCUACCCUUGGGAUGGCACGCAGUCCUAUUCAUUGUUUGAUGUGUCGCCUUCCUGCUCUUCUUUUAACUCUCCAUGUAGAGAUUCCGUGUCGCCACCCAAAUCCUUAUUUUCUCAAAGACCCCAAAGGAUGUGCUCUCGUUCAAGGUCCUUUUCUCGACACAGGUCAUGUUCCCGAUCACCAUAUUCCAGAUCAAGAUCAAGGUCCCCAGGCAGUAGAUCUUCUUCAAGAUCCUGCUACUACUAUGAAUCAAGCCACUACAGACACCACACACACCGAAACUCUCCCUUGUAUGUGAGAUCACGUUCAAGAUCGCCCUACAGCCGUAGGCCCAGGUAUGACAGCUAUGAGGCAUAUCAACAUGAAAGGCUGAAGAGGGAAGAAUACAGGAAAGAGUAUGACAAGCGGGAAUCUGAAAGGGCCAAACAGAGGGAGAGGCAGAGGCAGAAGGCAAUUGAAGAGCACCGUGUGAUUUACGUCGAUAAAAUCAGACCUGACACAACACGGACAGAACUGAGGGACCGCUUUGAAGUUUUUGGUGAAAUUGAGGAGUGCACAGUAAAUCUGAGGGAUGAUGGAGACAGCUAUGGUUUCAUCACCUACCGUUAUACCUGUGAUGCUUUUGCUGCUCUUGAAAAUGGAUAUACUUUGCGCAGGUCGAAUGAAACGGACUUUGAACUGUACUUUUGUGGACGCAAGCAAUUUUUCAAGUCUAACUAUGCAGACCUAGAUUCAAACUCAGAUGACUUUGACCCUGCUUCCACCAAGAGCAAGUAUGACUCGCUGGAUUUUGAUAGUUUACUGAAAGAAGCUCAGAGAAGCUUGCGCAGGUAACAUGUUCCCUGGCUGAGGAUGACAGAGAGAUGGUGAAUACCUCACAGACUACGCAUCCUUCCUGGACAGACUAUUAAAAGUCAUACUUAGGAAAUUCUCCUACUUUACACUCUCUGUACAAAAACAAAGCAACAACAAUACAACAAUACAAAACAACAAACAAGAAGAAGAAGAAGAACAACAACAAUGGUUUACAUGAACACAGCUGCUGAAGAGGCAAGAGACAGAAUGAUAUCCAGUAAGCACAUGUUUAUUCAUGGGUGUUGGCUUUGCUUUCCCUGGAGUCACUUGGUGACAGUGUGUGUGUGUGUGCAUGUGUGUUUGUGUGUGUGUGUUGUGUAUAUGUGUUUAUUUGGUUUGGGGAAAGUGUGUGCGUGUGUGCGUGUGUGUGUGCGUGUGUGGAUUGGGGGCACCUGACCAGAACUUGCAAGAGCAAAGCACUUCAAAUGGCAGCAGUUCCAUGAAGACACACUUAAAACCUAGAACUUCAAAAUGUUCAUAUUCUAUUCAAAAGGAAAAAAAAAUUAUAUAUAUAUAUAUAUAUAUAAAUUGAAAAGGAAAGAAAACUAACCAACCAACCACCAACCACCCUAAGAUGACAGCUGCUGAUGUCCGGUCAUCAGCCUUCUACUCUGUUUUUUAAGAAAGUGCAAAAUCAACCUGAAGCAAGCUUUCUCUUGUAACGUUAACGAUUAUAUGACAAUCCUGAAGAAACCACAGGUUCCAUAGAACUAAUAUCCUGUUUCUCUCUCUCUCUCUCUCCCUCUGUCUUCUCUUCUUUUUUCCUUUUUGCCAUGGAAUCUGGGUGGGAGAGGAUACUGCUGGCACCAGAAUGCUAAACUUUCCUAACAUUUUGAAGUUUCUGUAGUUCAUCCUUUGACCUGACACCCAUGUAAAUGUCCAAAAUGUUGACUUUCCACUGCAAAUUUUAACAGCCUUGUCAGUGGUCAAGCGUGCAGCUUGCUGGGCAAUUCUUUGUGAGGAGCGGAUGUGGUGUUACAUUGCUAAUGAGAGUUGAGUAGAACUCUCUGGAUGUGUUCAGAUAGUGUAAUUGCUACAUUCUCUGAUGUAGUUGAGUAUUUACAGAUGUUAAAUGGAGUAUUUUUAUUUUAUGUACAUAUAAUACAACAAUGUUCUUUUUUGUUACAGCUAUGCACUGUAAAUGCAGCCUUCUUUUCAAAACUGCUAAAUUUUUCUUAAUCAAGAAUAUUCAAAUGUAAUUAUGAGGUGAAACAAUUAUUGUACACUAACAUAUUUAGAAGCUGAACUUACUGCUUAUAUAUAUUUGAUUGUAAAAAAAACAAAACAAAACAAAACAAAAGACAGUGUGUGUGUCCGUUGAGUGCAACUACAACAAAAUGAUGCUUUACACACAUCCAUCCCUUCUUAGAGCUUCGAUCUAAGCAUCUUGUCCGAAAAUAUCCUGGUCCCCUAAAGGUAUUAACCACUUCUGCGAUAUUUUUCCACAUUUUCUUGUUGCUUGUUUUUCUUUGAAGUUUUAUACACUGGAUUUGUUAGGGGAAUGAAAUUUUCUCAUCUAAAAUUUUUCUAGAAGAUAUCAUGAUUUUAUGUAAAGUCUCUCAAUGGGUAACCAUUAAGAAAUGUUUUUAUUUUCUCUAUCAACAGUAGUUUUGAAACUAGAGGUCAAAAAAUCUUUUUAAAAUGCUGUUUUGUUUUAAUUUUUUGUGAUUUUAAUUUGAUACAAAAUGCUGAGGUAAUAAUUACAGUAUGAUUUUUACAAUAAUCAAUGUGUGUCUGAAGACUUAUCUUUGAAGCCAGUAUCUCUUUCCCUUGGCAGAGUAUGAUGAUGGUAUUUAUCUGUAUUUUUUACAGUUAUGCAUCCUGUAUAAAUACUGAUAUUUCAUUCCUUUGUUUACUAAAGAGACAUAUUUAUCAGUUGCAGAUAGCCUAUUUAUUAUAAAUUAUGAGAUGAAGAAAAUAAUAAAGCCAGUGGAAAUUUUCUACCUAGGAUGCAUGGCAAUUGUCAGGUUGGAGUGUAAGUUCUUCCUUUGGGAAACUCAGCUUUUGCAGAAGCAGUGUUCCUAUUGCACUAGCAUGGCCUCUGACGUGACCAUGAUGUUGUUCUUGAUGACAUUGCUUCUGCUAAAUUCAAUAAAAAACUUCAGAAAAAAAAACCCUCUAUUUUGAGCAUCAGGAUUUCAUCUGAGUGUGGAGUCCCUGGAAUGGAAUUCACUAAAGUUUGGAGUGUGUAUUCAAGUUUCUCAAUCCAGAUUUGAUUCCUGUUUGGCUGCCGUGACUUUUCAGGAAGAUAUGAUAUACCUACUACUUAAUUGUUCUUUUCCUUUCUCUCACCCAACAUGAUCUUACAAAAUCGGUUUCACCCCCAGGCCAAUGCAGCUAAUUUUGAGAGCUGCAUUCAUUUAUCACCAGCAUAUUGUGUUCUGAGUGAAUCCACUGUCUGUCCUGUCGGAUGCUUGCUUGACUUUUUGGCUUCUUAUUUCUAAGUAGAUAGAAAGCAAUAAAAAUACUAUGAAAUAAAAGAACUUGUUCACAGGUUCUGCGUUACAACAGUAACAUAUCUUUAAUCUGCCUAAUUCUUGUUGUUCUGUAGGUUAAAUGCAGAUAUUUUAACUCUUUGUGAACGCCAAACUAAAGUUUACAGUCUUUCUUUCCGAAUUUUGAGUAUCUUCUGUUGUAGAAUAAUAAAGACUAUUAAGAGCAAUAAAUUAUUUUUAAGAAAUCAAUAUUUAGUAAAUCCUAUUAUGUGUUCAAGGACCAGAUGCGUUCUCUAUUUUGCCUUUAAAUUUUUGUGAUCCAAUUUUAAAUACAUUCUCCUUUUUGCCCUGGCUUAUUGACAUGAGUGAAAUACUUGGUUUUCUUUUCUUACUUAUCAAAAGACAACACUACAGACUCCAUGUUUUGGGUUAAUUUAUCCCCCUGUGGCCUAACAAAUAUUGUUACCAUGAAGAUAGAUUUCCUCCAUGAACUUCAAAUUGCAUCUAAAAUUAGUGAAGCUUUUGUAUUUUAUGCACACACUGUGGGUAGCCCAUCAAAAUGUAAGCUGUUUUCCUGUUAUUUUUAUUUUCUAAUAAUUUUUUGGGAGAGAAUAUUUCAAACGAACAUGUGCAUCCCAUCAUCACUGGAGGCAAAUUUCAGCAUAGAUCUGUAGGAUUUUUAGAUGACCACGGCCAUUGCCUUCAUGCUGUGGUAAGUACCACAUCUACAAUUUUGGUAAUCGAACUGGUGCUUUAGAAAUGUGGGGUUUUUUUUAAAGAGAUGUAACAGAAUAAUUCUUCCAAUGCAACAAAAUCAAUUUUUGCUAAACGACUCUGAGAACAACUUGGGCUGUCAACAUUCAGAGCAGCAAAGAGGGAACUUUGCACUAUGACGUUUGGGUCAGUUGAAAAAAGGAAACCUUUUCAUGCCUUUAGAUGUGAGCUUACAGUAGGUAAUGAUUAUGUGUCCUUUUUUGAUGGCUGUAACGAGAACUUCAAUCACUGUAGUCUAAGACCUGAUCCAUAGAUGACCUAGAAUAGCCAUGUAAUAUAAUGUGAUGAUUCUAAAUUUGUACCUAUGUGACAAACAUUUUCAAUAAUGUGAACUGCUGAUUUGAUGGAGCUACUUUAAGGUUUGUAGGUAAAAGUGUAAUGCUGUUGGUUGAACUAUGCUGAAGAUGGAAAGUGAGAGAUUAGUUAAGCCCUUGCUGGGCUUUUUUUCCACCUGCCAAUUCUACAUGUAUUGUUGUGGUUUUAUUCAUUGUAUGAAAAUUCCUGUGAUUUUUUUUAAAUGUGCAGUACACAUCAGCCUCACUGAGCUAAUAAAGGGAAACGAAUGUUUCAAA